AGCUCACACACACGCACACACCGUGACACCAAAUUAAUGGAACCCCGCCAUGUCUGCUGCCCUCUGCUGCAUCUCCUCCUCCUCGUCAUCCUCCUCGGCUUCCACGGUGCCGGCGGACAGGCCGUCUCCAACGACACCGUCGCCGCGCGCUUUGCCUGUAACGUGUCGGCGCCGUGCGACACGUUCGUCGUGUACUGGACGCAGUCCCCGGGCUUCCUCGACCUCGGCAGCAUCUCGGACCUCUUCGGCACGAGCCGGGCGCGGAUCGCCAGCGCCAACAACAUGACCUCCGAGGACGGCGUGCUGCUGCCGGGACAGCCGCUGCUCGUGCCCGUCAGGUGCGGCUGCACGGGCGGCCGGUCCUUCGCGAACAUCACGUACCCCAUCCAGCUCCACGACACCUUCUACUACCUCGCGGGCACCGCCUACGAAAACCUCACCGACUUCCAUCUCAUCCAGGAGAUGAACCCGGGUGCGGAGGCCACCGACCUGCAACCCCAGCAGGAGGUCACCGUGCCGCUCUUCUGCCGGUGUCCGACUCAGGCAGAGCGGAGCCGUGGGGUGCAGAGCCUCAUCACCUACGUGUGGCAACCAGGGGACAACAUGUCCGAGGUGAGCAAGCUGAUGAAUUCCAACGCGAUCGACAUCGCCGCGGCGAACAACGUCACCGGCAACUUCACCUCCGUCAUGGGGCCGCCGAUGCUGAUCCCAGUUCAGCAGCGGCCGCAGCUUCCUCCGCUACUCCACGUUCCUAGUUCUGGCGAUGACAGGACCAGGUCGCGCCGUCGGGGUAUCAUCAUAGGAACCAGCAUCUCAGGGUCUCUCGUGGCACUCGCCGCCUUGUGCAUGGCAAUCCUGGCGCACCGGAGGUACCGCAAGAAGGCAUUGGUGCAUUCAGGGUCGAGGCUCCUGAGCCCGAGACUUUGUUGGUCCAAGAACCAGUACGGUCUUAACAGCAGUAGUUCUUAUGCCCACAUGGUGAAAGGAGGGGGCAAGCUGCUCACCGGCGUGUCCCAGUUCAUCGACAAGCCUAUCAUCUUCGUGGAAGAGGAAAUCAUGGAAGCGACGAUGAACUUGGACGAGAAGUGCAAGAUCGGCAGCUCGUACUACCGGGCGAAGCUCGACGGGGAGGUGUUCGCGGUGAAGCCGGCAAAAGGCGACGUGUCCGCGGAGCUGAGGAUGAUGCAGAUGGUCAACCACACCAACCUGAUCAAGCUAGCCGGCAUGUCCAUCGGCGUUGACGGGGACUACGCCUUCCUUGUCUACGAGUUCGCCGAGAAGGGCUCGCUCGACAAGUGGCUGUACCAGAAGCUGCCGUCCUCGCUGCCGUCGUCGAGCACUGUGGCAUGUACUCUCUCGUGGGAGCAGAGGCUGGGCAUCGCGCUGGACGUCGCCAACGGUCUGCUCUACAUGCACGAGCACACGCAGCCGAGCAUGGUGCACGGUGACAUCCGCGCGCGGAACAUCCUGCUCACGGCAGAUUUCAGGGCCAAGAUAUCAAGCUUCUCCCUGGCCAAGCCAGACAUGGUCGAUGCCGCCGCGACAAGCAGCGACGUGUUCGCCUUCGGCCUGCUGCUCCUGGAGCUCCUGUCCGGCAGGAGGGCGGUGGAGGCGCGCGUCGGCACGGAGAUAGGCAUGCUGUGGAGCGAGAUCCGGGCCGUGCUAGAAGCCGGGGACAAGAGGGAAGCGAAGCUGAGUAAGUGGAUGGACCCCGCUCUCGGGAGCGAGUACCACAUGGACGCGGCUGUUAGCCUGGCCGGCAUGGCGAGGGCCUGCACCGAGGAGGAUGCGGCGCGGCGGCCGAAGAUGGCCGAGGUCGUGUUCAGCCUCUCCAUGCUGGCGCAGCCGUUGUCAGUAGCCGACGCGUUCGAGAAGCCGUGGCAGCCCAGCUCGGAGGACAACAUCGGGAUUGCCGAUGCGGUGGCAGCCCGAUAAGAUGUGCAUAGUUCAACGAGUAAUUUUGUAGCUAGUUUCUUGCUUUGAACUUGCGUUGUACCCUAUUUUGCUUCACUUUGUACAUAUGUAUUAUCUAUAUG